AGGGGCGGGGUGACCUCGCGCUGGCCAGGGCUCUGCGGCCAUUAAGCUGGUUCCUUUGCUGCGGCCGCUGGCCUGCCUCCCAAGUCCGCCAGGUGGGUGGAGCGAUUGUUUCUGGGACGUCAGGAAAGGCAUUACGGCCACUGAUAAAGUGAAAUCGAGCCUGACAUCGAGGGUCCACGUCGCGAAAGAAGAUGCGCGCGCCCAUUCCAGAGCCCAAGCCUGGAGACCUGAUUGAGAUUUUCCGUCCUUUCUACAGACACUGGGCGAUCUACAUUGGCGAUGGAUAUGUGGUCCACCUGGCCCCCCCAAGUGAAGUGGCAGGAGCGGGUGCGGCCAGCAUCAUGUCCGCCCUGACGGACAAGGCCCUAGUGAAGAAGGAGCUGCUGUACGACGUGGCGGGGAGAGACAAGUACCAGGUCAAUAACAAGCACGACGACAAGUACUCCCCGCUGCCCCCCAGCAAAAUCAUCCAGCGGGCGGAGGAGCUGGUGGGGCAGGAGGUCCUCUACAAGGUGACCAGCGAGAACUGCGAGCACUUUGUGAAUGAGCUGCGCUACGGAGUUGCCCGCAGUGACCAGGUCAGAGAUGUCAUCAUGGCAGCUGGCAUCGCAGGAGUGGGCUUGGCAGCCGUGGGCCUCAUUGGAGUCAUGUUCUCAAGAAACAAGAAGCAAAAGCAAUAAGUUGAAGUGACUGUCCUGUCAGGAAUGCCUUUAUAGUCCAGAGGGUCUUGUUUUGCUAGAGAGUUUGGGGUUUGGUUUGUGGAUUUCAUUCUGAUUUAUAAUAAGGCUUAUUUUCACAGAAUAAAAUAGAGCACAAUAAGAGAGGAUUUUUUUUGGGGGGAAAUGCAGCACUGACGCUUAGUGUGAAGUCCAUGUAGGGACGAGCUGGACUGUGUUCCAGGAGACUCCCUUCCAUGAUUUUCUCUCUCUCUGAAGAUUGUGUUCUUCAUUGCAGAAAUCAGAGGCUCACUCCGGUGAUCUCCCGAAGGGGAGUUCUGGGAGUCAGGACACACUGCCUUGUCUCUUCUGCCUCCUCAGUGCUUUGGCUUCCUCUCCACUUCUGCUUGCCAUGACCUCCAAGCCUAGUGUCCCAUAUUCCCACCCGCCUUCUCUUCCCACCUCAGCUUAGCAUCCUCUUUGCCCAUUUUGGGCAGCUCUAUGCUCCCAAGCGCAAGUUCCUGAGAAUCUGAUUGGCUCGUCACCACACAGCUCAGCCUACCCAUUGGCUGCCUUUGGGUCAGGUAACUUCCAUCAGGCCAAUCAGCCAUGCAGGAUGGCUCAGGGUCACAUGGUACAAAGGCAGUCUUAGAGCUUGGGGAGUGGCUGGUCCUGGCCCCCUACCCCUCCCUGCUGCCAAGUCCUCGUGGGAAGGGCUGGGAUAAGGUAUCACCUUCCAUUGUUGGUCAUUUGACAUCUGUUAUGGCUUAAUGGAUUUUGUAGAUGUUCAGAGUGACCUGUUCUCUGAAGGGGCUGUUGUGGGUUCUUUGGAAAUACUGCUGGGGCGGACUGUCCUUCCUUCUUAAGGGCAUGCUUCCUUUUACUUGCUUGGAAUGUUUCCUUCUUUGCCCCUGGUUAUCUGGGGACCAUCCUGUCCAUAGCAAGUCUGGACAGGAUUUACAGAAGGCCCUCCUGCCUUGCCCACAUCUGGUGCAAGAUAAGCAGUACUCUCAAGGACCAGUGUUGAGAGAAUACUUUGUUUCCAGUCCAGUUUCCUUUCUGACUCAGCCCUGUUGAUGUGUCUCAUUAGAGCUCACAAGCUCCCCAAACCUAAGAGACAGGCCAAACUCAAAAAGUGGGUCUUCUUAAACCCUUUUUCCUCUGGCUUAAGAUAAAAGGGAAACACAGAGUGUAACUUCCAAACUAAUAAUGAGGGGAUGGAUGGAAAAAGAAUGAGGACAAACUCAAGCAAAACAGAACGUAUGCUCUUCAAUCUUUAAAAAGUGAAAAAUAAAGGAGGAAAAUUUACAUACAAAAAGUGGUGUAUGGAAAUAACUGGAUAAAAUGGAGGAACUAAUUCCAAAUAUAUUGAUAAUCACAGUAAGUAUUUUGCAAGUGAACUAAACUUGCAAAGUAAAAGACAAACAUUACACUGGAUUUAGAGAUGAGUCUACAAAUACAGUUCAUAAUAGAUGCACUUAAAAUAUAAGAACACAAUGACUGAGAUGAAAAGGAUGGUCAUUUUGGAUAAGAUAGGCACUCUACGUUCCCCUGAAGGCCCGGUGCACAGAGUGGGGGUGAGCCUGAAUGGAGGUUACAGGAAAGUUCAGACUCAAGGGCCAGCCAAUAGCAUUGGUACUUUUCCAAGGCCUGCUUAGCAUAAAUUUGGACCAACAGUGUUGGCCAAGAGCUAUAUAAACCCCUGGACUAGUAUACUCCAAUGGCAACUCGCUAUCGGGUACCCUCUUGUCCUGCGAGAGUUCAGUCUCUUUUCUUCACGUUUUAAUAAAUCUUACUCUUUUUCACUCUG